AUGCAGACACCUGCUUUGCUGGCUCUACUGCUCCUGUCCCUUGGCCUCGUGGAAGCCCUUCAGGCCCAGAAGCACCCCAUCACACGACGACAUCUGUUCUCUCAAGAAAUGCCCCUGGACAUGGCCUUGGCCUCCUUCGAUGACCAGUAUGCUGGCUGUGCAGUGGCCAUGACAGCAGCUCUCCCGGAUCUCAACCGCACGGAGUUUCAGGCCAACAAAGUGUAUGCUGACGGGUGGGUGCUGGCCAGCAGCCAGUGGCAGGAGCGCCAGGCCUGGGGGCCGGAGUGGAGCCUCAGCGCUACUCGCGCACCUGUGCCCCCGGGGUUCCGAGACCAGCACGGGGUGGCUCUCCUGGCCUACACAGCCAACAGCCCCCUGCACAAGGAAUUCAAUGCCGCGGUGCGCGAGGCCGGCCGCUCCCGGAACCACUACCUCCACCACUUCUCCUUCAAGACACUCCAUUUCCUGCUCACCGAGGCCCUGCAGCUGCUGGGCAGGGGCCAGUGCCGCCAGGUGUUCAGAGGGGUGACUGGACUGCGCUUCCGGCCCUCGGGGCCUGGGGCCACCGUGAGGCUCGGGGGCUUCGCCUCUGCAUCCCUGCAGAAUGCUGCGGCCCAGAAUUUUGGUCAGGACACUUUCUUUGGAAUCUGGACCUGUCUUGGGGCGCCUAUCAAGGGCUACUCUUUCUUCCCUGGGGAGGAGGAGGUUCUGAUACCGCCCUUUGAGACCUUCCAGGUUAUCAAUGCCAGCCGACCCGCCCAGGGCCCUGCCCGGAUCUACCUGCGGGCUUUGGGCAAACGCAGUACAUACAACUGCGAGUACAUUAAAGAUAAGCAGUGCAAGGCUGGGCCCUGCCGUCCAUAUAAUUCAGCCAUGGGUCCAGGUUCCCUCUCUGGAGUCUGGUCCUUCCUGCUGCUGCUCUGGUUCCUUGUGGUGGAGGCCUUUCCAGAGGGCCCAGGACUCCUCUGA